CGCGUUAUCAUGUGUUCGGUCGGUCGCACCGCGACUGGAUGCUAUAUACGCAGUGCUUCACCUCCCGUUAUCUAGGGCUGUCAAAAGAAGAUACGCGCCUUCGUCGUCGGUAGCCGAUCGGACCUCCUUUCGGCGUGUGUGUGUGUGUGUACGCGUGUGUACAUUGCCGGGAAGAGUGGUAGCGGCCGUCUUGAAGCCACCGUCAUAAGUACGCUUGGCCCAAGCCGAGGAUUAUAACGGUGUGAAACCACGUUCGAGGGGCUGAUGUCGGACGGGUCGGAUGAAACCGCAAGACACAAUCCGUGUUUCCACUAAUCGGCAGCAGCUGGGUUGUCCCGCGGUUGUGACCACACCAGCGCAUCGUGGCCGAUGACCUCGACACAGAAGGCUGUCAUGACGAGGUCGUCGGAAGGCUGUUUACAAACCGGGGGUCCAAUCGGUGCCACGACGGGUCAGACAGGGACGGAGUGUCUCCAGCUCGGCUGACCAGAGCGGUGCGCGCCAGGACCGAUCGUAAAUCGCCAACCGUUUGCCGGCGUGUGCGGUGUGGUUAGCGGCCGCCAUGUUGGACCGCAGCCAUCGCGGAGGGAGGGCGGCGGCGGCCAUCUUGCUGGCGGCCAUGCUGUGGUCGUGCGACCCCAUGGUGGCGGUGUCGGCGGACAGCUGGUGCAGCGCCGAGGAGGACGACCCGGAGUCGCGCUGGUACUGGCGCGUCGACGAGUACCCGCACCCGAUCACGCAGCCGCGGUACUGCAACCGCUACCGGCCGUCGUUCGUGUGCGACCCGGACCGGGUCAUCAACAAGAAGCAAGCGGACGCCCUGGACGCGAUCAUCGAACGCAUCAGAAACGAGACGCUCUGCAUCUGUCCAACGUGCGGCAAGUCGCACGCCAGGGGCAUAACACUGGGCGUUGCCAUCGUGGAGCACAUUAACCGGCCGAAUAACCAGCCGAUCUCGGAAGCCGUGCGCAUCUUCGCGGAGACGUUGCGCAAGCAGUGGAAUCUGGGCAACUGCGACGACGACAUACUGCUGCUCAUCUCAACCAAGGAUAAGCAAUCACACACCCUGGUGGGACCGGCAGUGUCGGACGUGUUCCCGCAGGAAGUGGCUGACCAGAUCUACCUGGAGAGCCGCGGCCACUUCGCCAACUGCGACUUUUUCCUCGGACUCGAGUCCAUGGUCCAGUCGUACUUCGACAUGCUGCGCAGGCUCCAGCUCAAGGGCCUGGUGGGCGCCCGGGCGCAGCCUUCGGCCGGUGCAAGCGCGGGCGUCAUCGUGGGCAUCGUGUUCGGCGCCCUGGCCGGCAUGCUGCUCGCCGUGGCCGCCGUCUUGCUGGUGGUGCGCCGAUGCGACGCCCCGUACAUCUCCAGCAAGCGCAUUCCCGUGGCCUGGCGAAGGAUGCGCCACCUGCGAACUGCGAGGCACGGCGCUCCACAGCCGGUCCGGCACAACACCAAGGCCGCCCAUCCGGCAGCGCCUUACCUGGUCAGGAUUCCGGCGACAAGUGCGGCGACCGCGGCUUCCGAACCGCCGGAUGUGACCAAACCUCUGACUUCCGGUCUACUGCUUCCGCCUCUUCCUCCUCCUCCUCCUCCUCCGCACACUCCUUCGCUGAGCAACGGGCGCUACGAGGCCCCGAAGGGCGGCUGCGAGACUCCUAGGGGCCUUGACGCUAGCGACCCUAGCGACAGUUCCGGCGACGAAGAGCCGACGACCGAUAGCGAAGGAGAGUGCAGCAGCUGCUCGAGCCCCGGGGACGCUCAUGAAAGCACUCCGAUUGCCAGUACCUCGAGUGCCGGCACUAGGGUCACGGUUUGAGCACUGUGAUCUAGUACUGGCCAGUCGCAAUGCCAUUUUACCUAAGAGCUGCCUACGUCAGAGGCACGUGGGCUGUGAAGGCCAAGACACACUCGUGACCCUUCACGACGCGCUUUUGCUGAGGCUUGCAGUGGAGUAAUUGUCGGAACCGUACUCCUGGGACUUGGGUCCGGGAGAACGCUGGGAACUACAACUUGGCCGUCUCAAUGUCGCUUCGCCUAGUGCUACCUACAUACGUCAGAGGCAUCUGGGCUAUGAAGGCUUCGAACGCUGAGAAGAUGCAGCCAUUUCUCCACAAAGUGCUAAUGCACCUCAUGCUCUUGGUAAAACUUGAACUGGUUUGUGGCCAGCCUCACUGUCACCUUACCAACUUCUGCAUGUCAGAGUCAUUUGGGUUACCAAGGCUUCGAACUGUUUAACGACGGUGUCAUGUGUCUGGAAUGUGCGGAAGGUAUUCUGCAACAUGCCCCAAGACUCGUAGAUAGAGAAAUUGGAGCCGUAUGGUUUCAUCGCUGUCAACCAGAACUGGUUAGUCUCAAGAUGACUUUACCAAGUGCCGUCUCUGUCAGAAGUGCCUUGGUAUAUAAAGGCGUCGAACAUUCCGAAGACGCCACCAUGUACCCAGAAUGUGCGGAAUGUCUCUCGCAACAUGCUGAGGAUAAGACUUGCACCGCAAGAGUUCUUUGGUACGUAUUCUACGGCCAGAGGUCGCGAUUUGAAAACUGUAAUCUAUAUGUGGCUGGAUAGUUUCAGUGCUACUUUACGAAGUUUCUCCUUUUUUCACAGUCUGUCAGAGGAACUGAGCGAAGGCAUUGAACUCUGUGAGGACGCAGUGAUGUGCCCAGAACGUGAGGGAUGAGUGGUAAAUGGCUUCUCGCAAAGUGACCUUGCUAAGACUCGCAACGAAGUAAUUGUUGAGGCCGUAUCCUUGGUCGACUACUUUCGGGGACACUUUAAUUUUUCCGUGACGUAAGGGGCAUGUCGGCAUCUCAUUGGAGCAGCGGAUGUCCUCCACCCGCUCGCAUAUCCAAUGAAUGCUUGCUGAAAGCGUAUUAUACCCUAUAGUGAUCGGCAGAGAGUACGGCUCUUAAUCGGAUACCUUACGACACAAAGGCAAUGGACAAUUGACAAAAUGACACAGGGAGUUCAUCGCGCCUUUUUGGCAUUUUCUUUCUCGCGUUUCAUCUUGUCUUCACCAUUACGUGUCACCAGAUAUACCGAAUAUUUCUCCUUACGAAAUACAUUUUAGUUGAACUGGAUCCACUAAGUGACAAGGACUUUCAGUGAGUGGGCUCAAUGCGUCUUGGACUGGAAAUCGCGAAGUCAUUCUCGGGCCGUGUUUCACUUGAGGAAGAGAACAUGUCCUAAAAAAAACAACUCUCUGCGCUCUUCGUAACGUUCUCAGUGCCGUGUUCAUUUAGUGAGCGAUGAUCCAGCUUUAUUUGAGUGGACUGUCCGUGGAUGUUCAAAGACUCCGGACCGGGAACCAUGACACCAUACUACGACUUUUCGGCGUCUGGUUACGGGUUAUAAAAACAUUUAAUUCUUUGA